AAAACCACAAUAAAUAGUGGAGCUUUCAAGUCCACAGAUCAAAUAAUCUCUCAAAACCAGCCAUGAAGUACUCUUCUCCAUUAAUCCCUCUUUCUUUCUCUCUCCUCUUCAUUUUUCUAUCUUCAUCUUCUUUAUGGGCAGCAGCUUCUGUUGACAAACAUGAAUCCUUUCUUAACUGUCUCCUCGAUCACUCUCCCGAUAGUAAUUACUCCAUUUCCAAAGUCGUAUACACCCCACUCAACUCCUCUUAUUCCUCUGUUUUGGAUUUUUCCAUUCGAAACCUUAGAUUCUCAACCGCUGACACCCCAAAGCCACUCUUCAUCAUAACACCAUUGCAUGUUUCCCACGUUCAAGCAGCCGUUGUUUGCUCCAGAACCCAUGGCCUUCAAAUCCGAACUCGAAGUGGCGGUCAUGACUUCGAGGGUCUUUCCUGCGUCUCUCAUCUUCCAUUCAUCAUCAUUGACCUUAUAAACCUUAGGUCCAUCACAAUUGAUGCCAAUAACAACACUGCAUGGGUUCAGUCCGGGGCAACUCUCGGCGAACUCUAUUAUAGCAUCGCUGAGAAAAGUCGAACCCUUGCAUUUCCUGCGGGUGCUUGUCCGACAGUCGGUAUUGGUGGGCACUUUAGCGGCGGCGGGUAUGGGCUGAUGCUGCGGAAAUUUGGUCUAGCGGCUGAUAAUGUGAUUGACGCUUACUUGGUUGAUGCUAAUGGGAAGUUUCAGGAUAGAGAGUUGAUGGGAGAGGAUUUGUUUUGGGCCAUUAGAGGGGGCGGUGGAGGGAGCUUUGGAAUAGUGGUCGCGUGGAAGGUGAAGCUAGUUCCGGUGCCCGCGACGGUUACGAGUUGCUAUUAUAACAGAACUUUAGAAGAAGGUGCAAUCAAGCUAAUCCAUCGGUGGCAAUAUGUGGCUAACAAAUUAGAUGAAAAUCUAUUCCUAGGCAUCCUUCUAAUGGGUGGGAAUUUUACUGCACAAGGAGGAGAUAAAACAAACCCAACAGCUUCAUUCUUCUCUUUAUUUCUUGGAAAGGCAGAUGAGUUUUUUGCAAUCCUAAACACAACUUUUCCUGAGUUGGGUUUGGCAAAGGAAAAUUGCUUAGAAUCAAGCUGGAUUGAAUCAGCCCUCCUCUCUGCAGGGUUUAAAAUUGGAGACUCCUUAGAAGCUUUGCUCAAUAGAACACCUCUCACCAAUGGAAGCAUUAAAAUCAAAUCGGACUACGUUAAGGAACCCAUUUCGGAAGCUACAAUUGAGGGCAUAUGGGAAAGAUUAAAGUCUCGAGACGUAGGAGCGAGACAACUUCUAUUUGUUCCUUAUGGAGGGAGGAUGAGUCAGAUUUCCGAGUCGGAAAUUCCUUUCUCCCAUAGAGCUGGAAAUCUCUACAAGAUAGGCUACAUCGUUGCUUGGCAAAAACAAAACGUCGAUGUGGAGAAAAGACAUCUGAAGUGGAUACGAGAGCUUUACAGUUACAUGACACCAUUUGUUUCAAAAUCGCCGAGAUCUGCGUACGUCAAUUAUAGAGACCUUGACAUUGGAUCAAACAAUAAAUAUGGCAAGACAAGCUUCAAGCGAGCCAGCGUCUGGGGAUGGAAGUACUUUGGAAACAAUUUUAAUAGGCUUGUACAUGUCAAGACCAAGGUUGAUCCUUACGAUUUCUUUAGGCACGAACAGAGCAUACCCACUAUCUCACCGGUCUAGAAUUUAGUGAUAUAGUGUAACAAUUUACUAUUGUAUCCUUUUUAUGUGUUUUGUUUGACUAUGUCCAACCCUUUGUGUUGCAAAAUAAGGGCAGUGUAUAAUUCUAGUAUAUUAUAUUACUUACCUUUGAAUUUCUUUAA